AUGGCUCCUGAAUUGGAACUUGAGAAUGAAUUUCGACUGACCACCGUCUCUCCCAAGGUACAAACCAUAUUAGUGAAGGAAGAAGACAUGGCCAAGCAAACUAUCUCCAAUCCAGAUUUCAUUUCAGAGUCAUACCUAACUGUCUUCACUAAUACCUCUGACUCAGACUCCGGCCAAGACAUUAGUCUGUCACCCCUGGUACUUGGGGAAGGCAGAAAGGACUGCAAACUGGGAUAUCUGAAGCAGAACAAAACCUGCAAAUCCAUCUGUGACUUGGCCCCAAAUUACUGUUACAAUGGUGGACAAUGCUUUGUCAUGGAAGAUAUUGGAGCAAUUUGCAGGUGCAAUGCUCAGGAUUACAUCUGGCACAAAGGGAUUCGGUGUGAAUUUAUCAUCACAGAGUUCCAGGUGAUGUGCAUAGCGAUAGGUUCCUCAGCAGCAGUGAUCCUUCUCCUCUUCAUGUUGACCGUUUUCUUUGCAAAGAAGGUUUACUCUUUAAAAACGGAAAAUAAAAAGCUUCGGAAUCGGAGCAAAUACAGGCCCCAGCUGGAACAACACAAUGACAAUUUUUCUCUCUCCACCAUUGCUGAAGGAUCCCAGGCAAACGACGACGUGAACGGACAAAAUAAAAUCCACGAGUCAUUAAAAACUUGCCCAAAAGACGACGACUCGUUCAACGUGCAAAACAACUGGACGCCGAAGCAGAAAGAGAGUGCGAACGCCGAGGUAAACUCGGCGCAGAACAACGUGAUGUAG